UUAAACAAUUAUGUAUAUAAAGGUUAUUGUGAUUAACCUGUUAAAGGUAACACGGUUCGUCGCGAUAAUUCAUUAUCAACAGGAAAACAACUUCCAUCCAUCUCAUACAUCCAGCUACAUCCAAUCGAAACUCACUAAAACUUAUAUACGUACUUUUACACUUCCCUACUACAAAUUGUUAGCGCUGUAGUUUAUAACAAUUAAGAACGACUCAAUCACUAAAUAUUUAUAAAGAAAUUACAUAGGUAGGUAGAUUUACGCUAUUUACAUACCUAAUCACCCAACUUCAUCAAUAAUACUAAACAACUAAACGACAUUGAAAACGGAUGGUGACCAAGUCGGAUAAUAAGCAGCAAUUUCAAAAUAGAAUAUUUACUGUGCAAACGAAGCGUUUGCUGCACCAACCCGAAUAUAUUAAAAAGGAAGCGAGACAUACAUUUAUAUUAUGAGAGAACUCGCAAAUCAUUCCCAACCCCCUUCUUGAAGUUUUCCAAGCCUCUCUCAAAUCUCUCUUUUACCAAAAAACAAAGCAAAUAAUAGAAAAACUUACUGGAACGGUCACUAUGGGCCAAGGACCAUCUCACGAUAUAGUCCAACUCGAGACUAGAGUUGAAGAUCCACAGAACGGAGAAUCCCCAAAGGGUCUUGCUCUCAUAGCACACGGCCGUCUCGGUGGAACCUUUGACCAACCACCAGUGCGCCUUCUCGCCGAAUAUCUAAGGGAUAAGAGACAGUUAAGAGUUGUCACAUGGAACGCCCGCGGAAUAGGCCAGAGCGGGGGAGGGAAUGAGUGGACAGACUUUGGCGUCUGGAUAGGAGAUGCUGGGAUCAAUGACUAUCAUCGGAUGCUUCGGGAGUCCAUGGCUCAAUAUGUAAAAGACUUCCCUGAUACACAGGGGGCUCAGUUAUUCUUAUGUGGCUACUCGGCGGGCGCGAUUUUCGCCGGAUGCAGCCGUCCCCCGCUGUCAUUUCCCCAAUUCGCUCCCGCUCACUACAUCCUCAUAUCAUAUCCAAUAGAACUCAACCCCCUCAUCGCCUUUCACAAGUCAGGUUCCUACUUCCGCUCCGUCGAGGCACUAGUACAGGGCCACGGAUGGGAAAACCUGCCCGGCGAGUUCCAAGGUCUCGAACCAGAGGUGACCGGAGUGCUUACCGUCACAGGCCAAUUUGAAGGCAUCUUCUAUGGCAUGUGGACUCAGAUUCUAGGGAGUAAGAAUGCUCGAAAUGUCCUAACGCAGGUUAGUGUCGAGGGAGCCAAGCAUUCGUGGGAUGAUAAAGCGCCGCGUAUCGUUGAAGAAGUCGACAAGUGGUUGUCUAGUAUUUAAAGGCGUCGAUGAGGUAUAAGUUGUCGAUCCCAGUUUUUCAGAUCAUAUAAUGUCUCUAGGAAACCGAAGGUCGAACGAGUUAGAGAGUAACUAUGAAUGGCUUUAAUAUGUCUUGAAGGUUGAGGUGGGUGUAAUUGAGAUCACAGUACACACUCCACUUAUAUCAACAAAUCAAGACUUUCAAAAGGACUCAAAAUGUACAGUUUUAAGAAUUAUGCAGAAGACUCAGUCAAUCAGAUUUAGAUGAACAGCGUACAUGUAGCUAUCUUACAUCCGAGGGCAUUGGCCGAGUGUUAUUGCCUAGGUACCCUUUACUAUAGUGAUACACAUUUUCAUUCAAUCCGAUCAACCAACUUCUCUUCCUUG